GGGAGACUGAGACGGGGCAAGACUCCAGUGCUGCAGGACCGCAUCGGAAGCACGUUGUUCCGCAAUAUUCCUACCAGUAUCGAUCUUUGGAGCUACACAGCCAUCUCACCCAUCCCGGCACUCGUAGGCUGGUAAAGGCACUAUGGCACAAGCCGCCAAACAUCUGCGCAAGAAUAAGGACCUAGAGGCUCUCGCCGAACAAGAGAGAAAGGAAAAAGAAGAGGAAAAGGCAAAGAAAAGAAGCCGCUCACGGGAUAAAAAGCGCAAGGCCCAUGUCGUUCAUCGCUGGCUAAUCGAUCAGGAAAAUAGUGUGAGCUCUGAGCUGCUGGAUGGCCAGGGAGUGUGGCACUAUGAUGAAACUGAUGCAGCCACCAGCUUUCUACGUGCAGCUCGCUCAGGUAAUCUGGAAAAGGCUCUAGACCACAUCAAGAAUGGGAUUGACAUAAACAUAGCCAAUCAGAAUGGGCUUAAUGGGCUGCAUUUGGCCUCAAAGGAAGGCCAUGUUAAAAUGGUGCUGGAGCUUUUGCACCAUGGUAUUGUACUUGAGACAACCACAAAGAAAGGGAAUACUGCACUUCACAUUGCUGCAUUAGCUGGACAGGAACAGGUGGUCACAGAGCUGGUUAACUAUGGAGCCAAUGUCAAUGCUCAGUCCCAGAAGGGGUUUACUCCACUCUACAUGGCUGCACAAGAGAAUCACCUGGAGGUUGUUAAGUUUCUUCUGGACAAUGGAGCGAAUCAGAUGAUUCCAACUGAGGAUGGCUUUACCCCUCUUGCUGUGGCUCUUCAGCAGGGCCAUGAGAAUGUGGUGGCCCUGCUCAUCAACCACGGUACUAAGGGCAAGGUCCGCCUUCCUGCACUGCAUAUCGCUGCUCGAAAUGAUGACACCAGAACUGCCGCUGUACUUUUACAGAAUGACCCAAAUCCUGAUGUCUUAAGCAAGACAGGCUUCACACCACUUCACAUUGCAGCCCACUAUGAGAACUUGAAUGUUUCCCAACUGCUUCUAAACCGAGGAGCUGAUGUGAACUUCACGCCCAAGAAUGGGAUCACACCUUUACAUAUUGCAUCCAGAAGAGGAAACGUUAUCAUGGUUAGACUUUUGCUGGACCGUGGAGCAAAGAUUGACGCUAAGACUAAAGAUGAGUUGACUCCUCUUCACUGUGCUGCCAGAAAUGGCCAUGUAAGAAUAAUCGAGAUCCUUUUGGACCAAGGAGCCCCAAUUCAGGCCAAGACUAAAAAUGGCCUGUCGCCCAUACAUAUGGCAGCUCAGGGCGAUCAUUUGGACUGUGUCAAACAGCUAUUACAGUACAAUGCCGAAAUUGAUGACAUCACCCUAGACCACCUUACACCACUGCAUGUGGCAGCACACUGUGGACAUCAUCGUGUAGCCAAGGUGCUCUUGGAUAAAGGAGCCAAACCGAACACCCGUGCUCUGAAUGGCUUUACACCUCUUCAUAUUGCCUGUAAGAAGAACCAUAUGCGUGUAAUGGACCUACUCUUAAAGCACUCUGCAUCCCUGGAAGCUGUAACAGAGUCAGGAUUGACACCACUGCAUGUGUCCUCCUUUAUGGGUCAUCUGAAUAUUGUGAAGUUUCUGAUGCAAAAAGGAGCUUCACCAGAUGCCUCAAAUGUGAAAGUGGAAACACCUCUACACAUGGCAUCUAGAGCUGGUCACUGUGAAGUUGCAGAGUUUCUACUACAAAAUGGAGCCCCAGUGGAUGCCAAAGCCAAGGAUGACCAGACACCGCUACACUGUGCUGCCCGAAUGGGCAACGACGAGAUGGUAAAGCUACUCUUGGAGCACAAAGCCAAUGCCAACUCCACCACAACAGCUGGGCACACCCCACUGCACAUAGCUGUACGUGAGGGACACACACAGACUGCCAGUAUCUUAAUUGAUAUGAAUGCUCAGCUAACCAAAAUGACCAAGAAAGGCUUCACUCCCCUUCAUGUGGCAGCAAAAUAUGGAAAGGUAGAUGCAGAAGCAUUGCUAUUAGAGAGAGGGGCCAACCCAAAUGCUGCAGGCAAGGCCGGACUUACACCAUUGCAUGUAGCUGUCCACCAUAACAACCUAGAUGUAGUGAAUCUUUUGCUCAGGAAAGGAGGAUCACCUCACAGUGCAGCUCGGAAUGGCUAUACGCCACUUCACAUUGCUUCUAAGCAGAACCAGGUGGAGGUGGCCAGCAGUCUUCUGCAGCAUGGAGCAUCUGCCAACGCAGAGUCACUACAAGGGGUCACACCCUUGCACCUUGCCUCUCAGGAGGGUCAGCCAGACAUGGUGUUCUUGCUCAUCUCUAAACAGGCAAAUGUAAAUCUGGGCAACAAGAGUGGUCUGACUCCACUACAUCUUGCGGCUCAGGAGGGGCAUGUUGGCAUUGCUGACUUACUAGUGAAGCAUGGCGCAUCUGUCUAUGCUGCCACACGGAUUGGUUACACUCCACUUCAUGUGGCUUGUCAUUACGGCAAUGUCAAGAUGGUUAAGUUUCUCUUACAGCAACAGGCCAAUGUGAACAGCAAAACCAGGAUGGAGUAUACACCGCUACAUCAAGCUGCUCAGCAGGGACAUACAGAUAUUGUGACAGUUCUUCUAAAACAUGGUGCUCAACCAAAUGAAACCACAUCUAAUGGCACAUCUGCUCUUGCUAUUGCAAAGCGCCUCGGUUACAUCUCAGUCAUUGACGUUCUCAAACUGGUCACCGAAGACACAGUUACCAUGACCCCCACAGAAAAACAUCGCAUGAGUUUUCCAGAGACCGUUGAUGAGAUCUUAGAUGUUUCUGAAGAUGAAGGUGAAGAUCUGCUGGGGAAUGAGAGGACCAGGUAUAUGAAGAUGGAUGAUAGAAAGGACCAUGAUGAGGAUUUUCUCUCCCCCAAAAAAGUUCUUGAGAAUCAAUCCCCUGUUAUUCCAAGGAUCCCACGUGUGUCCCCUGAAACAGUCAUGCUGAAAGAACAUGAAAUGGAUCUGCAGACCCCACUCUCCUUGCCCAAGGAAUAUGAUGAGGAUUCACUCAUCCCUAGCAGUCCUGCCACAGAAACUUCAGACAAUGUCAGUCCAGUAGCAAGCCCCAUCCACACUGGUUUUUUGGUAAGUUUCAUGGUAGAUGCUCGUGGUGGCUCCAUGAGAGGCAGCAGACAUAACGGCUUGCGUGUCAUCAUUCCUCCACGUACCUGUGCUGCUCCAACACGCAUCACCUGCCGGUUGGUGAAGCCUCAAAAACUUACUACGCCUCCUCCUCUGGUUGAGGGCGAGGGUCUCGCCAGCCGUAUAAUCUCUCUUGGUCCAGCUGGAAUGCAAUUCUUAGGGCCAGUGAUUGUGGAGAUUCCUCAUUUUGCUGCACUUGGCCGAGGAGAUCGUGAGCUUGUGGUCUUGAGAAGUGAAAAUGGAUCAGUCUGGAAGGAACACCGGAAUCGCUACGGUGAUGAGGUCCUGGAGACCAUCCUUAAUGGAAUGGAUGAAGAUCUUGAGAGCCAAGAGGAGCUUGGAAAGAAGAGGAUAAGGCGCAUUAUCUCCACUGACUUCCCUCUUUACUUUGCUGUGGUUUCCCGUAUUCAGCAAGAUAAUGAUCUAAUCGGUCCAGAGGGUGGUAACCUUACCAGCAAGCUGGUGCCUUUGGUCCAGGCCAGUUUCCCUGAAACUGCUGUCACAAAGCGUGUCCGUCUUGGACUGCAGGCCCAACCUGUUCCUGAUGAACUGGUGGCCAAGCUUCUAGGAAACCAAGCCACAUUCAGCCCUGUGGUUACAGUAGAGCCACGACGUCGCAAGUUUCAUCGCCCUAUUGGCCUAAGGGUUCCUCUGCCUCCGUCCUGGAGGGAGAGUCCACGGGAUACUGGUGAGGGUGACACCACCAGUCUUCGCCUGCUCUGCAGUGUCACUGGUGGCACAGCUCCUGCUCAAUGGGAAGAUAUAACUGGAACCACCAAACUCCAAUAUGCCAAUGAUUGUGCCAAUUUCACCACCAAUGUGUCUGCUCGGUUUUGGUUGGCAGAUUGCCCUCGGACUGCAGAAGCUGUGUCCUUUGCCAACCUUCUUUACCGCGAGUUGUCAGCUGUGCCGUACAUGGCCAAGUUUGUGGUUUUUGCAAAGAUGAAUGAAUCACGAGAUGGUCGACUCAGAUGUUACUGCAUGACUGAUGACAAAAUGGACAAAACGCUGGAGCAGCAUGAAAACUUCACUGAAGUGGCCCGUAGCAGAGACAUUGAGGUUAUGGAGGGUAUGCCGCUGUACUUGGAGUGUUCAGGAAACUUGGUCCCUAUCAGAAAAGCUGCCCAGCAGUCUCGCUGUUUUGGCUUCCAAGCCUUCAGAGACAACAGACUACCUGUUUCUGUCAAGGUGAGAGAUAGCAGCAAAGACCCCUCUGGCUUUGUGUCUUUCUUCCGCAAAUCAACCAAAUAUGAGGACAAUCAAAAUGUGCUGUGCAACCUUAAUGUUACCAUGCCACCAUGUAUUAAGAACAUAGGAAUUGAUGAUCGAAUCAAGACUCUGACUCCUUUGGCACUAAGAGAGAGAUACAGCGUUCUAAGUGAACCAGUUGUCGCAUCACUGAGUGCCAUGGAAAAGACGGAGCUAAAGAUGGCUUUAGUCGCAGAACAGCUAGGCCUGAGCUGGGCUGGAAGGAGUCGGAUUCCAAUAUACAGCCUUGAACACGAAGCGCUGUGGGAUGGUGAUCUUCUGAAGCAUCAUAUGGUCCUACCAAUCUGGAACAAGCAGAAAAGGCCCGGAAGCUGGUGCAGAAAUGUCCUUAACAAUCUAGAACAUGCCAAUGAAGAAUUGGGACGUGAACUGCAGUUCAAUGUUGAUGAAAUAAAUAAGAUCCGUGUGGAAAAUCCCAACUCCCUUUUAGAGCAGAGCUCAACACUGCUCAACCUGUGGGCCACUCGAGACGGGAAAAGAGCCAAAAUGGACAGCCUGUACCUAGCCUUGAAGAGCAUUGACCGGGUAGACAUUGUGAACAUGUUGGAGGGUCAUAGAACAGCAACAGGUCAGCAGGGGGGCUGGGAACAAGAUACUUUCAGGUCUAAACAUCAUGACCGAGACCAUCUAUCUUCUGGCAUAACAAAUGGUUACGGACUGGUGGUUCAGGAGGAGCUAGUCUCACCGGCCUCAAUGCAGUACAGUCUGCCUUCACCAUUGGGUAAUGACCCAUACUGGCAGGAGGUAUCAAGCAUGGAUUGUGCACCCAUCGCCACCACUGAAGAAGACACUCUAAUGGAUAUGUCAGGAGUACAGAUUUGUCCCUCAGGCAAUAGUCAUUUUGUUGUAGCUGUGGAGGACUCUUCGCUGGAAUGCAGCAAUGCUGAUGACUCUGAGGCACUUCUGAACAGAAGCCCAGACCAAUCCAGGAGUGAGACACCUGGUGGAAAUGGACCUUCGGGGCUUUCUGGUCAGGAAGCAUUAAGUGAUUCCAAUGAGUUUCUUGAGGAUCUAUCUAUUGGGGCAGACUUGAAUUGCAGUGGUGCAGGACUGAGUGGAGGGGUCAACAUCAAUGUUCUGGAAAGAGGUCAGGGGUUGGAGAGGAAGGAAGGGGCUGUAGGUGACAAAGUCAACAACAUUAAAGACAAUUCCAGUGGAGGGUUGCAAGAAGGAGCAGAAGUAGUCAGCUCAAGCUUAGAAGGUAGCCUAUCUCUCAUUUCAGGUCAGCAGCAAAUGUUUCCUCGAGUGAGUGACUCCCCUGUGCUAAGAAGACGAGCAGAUCUUACUGAUGACAGGUUAGGUGGCGGGUCCCUUUUGUCUUACCUCCAGGACCAGGAUGUUCCUGGUUGGCACAUGGCCCCAGAACCAACUCAGAACAGAAUCGGGUCUUCACACUGCAAUCCUAGACAAGCCAUAGAAUCGGUGAUAUCAUCAGUACGAGCUGCAGUGGAUUGUGAUUCUCACCUAGCCAGGAAAGCCUUAAUUGAACCGGUGAGGGACACAGGGCAUUCUGAGAUCAUUCACAUGCAUUAUCAGGGAACACAACUAUUUGAAAAAGGACUUGGCUUCCCAAGCAGAACAGCUCGAGGCUGGGAGGACAUGCAUCUAAGAGAACAGGGUGAGAAGGCAGAAGAUCUCGCAGGAGAUAAUGUAAGCGAGGAGCAGUUUACAGACGAGCAUGGCAACAUUGUCACCAAAAAGAUUAUAAGGAAGGUGGUCCGAAGAGGAAAGGAGGAGGAAGGGGGUCAGGAGCUCAUCACAGAAGGGAUGCUACAGGAACACAUUGAGACAGAUGUUGAUGGAGAGCAGUACAUGAGCUAUGCCAUCCUAGGGCGUGACAGCAAGCCGGAUGUUGUGGAUGUGAAGAGUGGGGGUGCUCAAAUAGUGAAAUGUGCCAGUCUGCGGAGAGUAAAGCAGUGAGUCUAACUCACUUUUCCUUUCAGGUCACCUACACCCAAACCAUCCCUCACUGACACAUGAUGGACAUCAUAUAAAGAAAACAGAUCUACAGUGCUGGAAAUAAGCAAUGGAUAUCAACUAUUAAAAAGUAUCCAUGUUACUUCACCAAGCAAAACAUACACUAGAGACUAGAGGCAUGAUUUAUUAUUAACUGAAACCAAACAGAGAAAAAAGCAUUUGAGAGGUGCUUCCUGUAAUCUCAAUAUCAGCAUAAAAAAGUGCUGUCGCAUGGCCUGCCUUUAUAUAUUGCACUAAAUGCAAAAAAAUACGAGACUCCAGUAUUGUCAUACUGCACGGACUGUAACAGAAGACCAGAAGUAUAUCUUUAAAAUCUGGAGUUAUUGGAAGUUAUUUGGAAUCACAAAAGCAAGUUUCAGUGAAAUCCAGCAACAAUUUCCUGUCUAACUAACAUUCUAAUUGAACCCUAGUGAUUCCAAACCACUACAUUACUGAAAUGAUUUCAGCGGUAGAUAUCCCUCUUGUCCUGCUUCUACUGUAUAUGUGUAAUAUGCACUCAGAUGUGAAACAUGAUGCUAAUAUUGGAACAGUAUCCAAUAAUUCUGCCGCUGUUCCAAUACUUUCUCCUAAAUUCUUGUUAAUUUCUACAUUAUAUAAUGUAUUGUAAAAGUACAAUUGUGUAGCAAAUCUCAUUUUUAAAGCAGUUAUUUUAAAAGAUGAGCUCCAGUGUUGCCUAAGAUGUGCAGGCUCAAGAUUUACAAUUUGCCUUAUUACAGUGUACAUACAUGUGUGUCAUAUUAACAACCCAGUCUCAAGGAAGUUUGUGGCUUAGGCACAAAAAUUGGAAUCUAUCAAUUGGUGUCAAGGACAAGAAUUUUUAUAUUUUUUCAAGUCAUCAUUUUUGUGUGUCACUCAGCAUGAUUUCUUAAUAUCUUCUACUGAGUGUCAAAUAGCCCGUCUUGUUAGCAGAGGCUGUAUACACUGACUCUGCCCCCCAGUUUCCAACAUUGAUUUUAAUAAAAUUACAAACAAGCCCAUAACAUGUUAGUCAAUAAAAAAUAAAUAAAAGGCAUUUUUGGAUAAUGUUUGACAUUACAAUUUCCCUUGAGACUGUGUUGCAAAUGUUUAAUGGUUCCCUUAAUGAUCAUACAAGGGUUGCGAUAUGCAAGUACAAAAGAGACUCUAGUUUAUGAAAAACAAUAUGCCAGAAUCUAUUCUUUGAGAAAAUACAUAGGCAAUAUACUGUACAUUCUACAGAAGUCAUUCUACAGAAGUGGUGCAAUAUGCUGUCCAACCAAGUUCAUUAUAUUUGACUUUAUUAUUUGGUCAUAGUAAUCCAUAAUUGUUUUUAACUAUUACUUUUAUUAAAUUAUUCACUGACUGUGACAACUGAAGGUGUGUAGCCCCUGUAGCAUAUGCUAGCCUACUUCUUGUUAGUUGUCUUCUUAUUAAUAUUAAAGGGAAAAUCAAUAAAAGUGAUUAGGUAACUGACUGUGUUUGGAAGCCCUUAGAUGCUUGACAGUUUGACCAUAUAUAUGCUACAGGAGUCCUUUUGCAGGAGUUGUGCAAAAUGCUGUCCCAUAUAAAAGUUUUAAAAAAGACAUAUAGGCACAUCUAAAUUAAAAACUUAAUUUGCUAUAAGAAUUAUUUUAAUAACUUCACACUUUGUUAAAUAUAGUCGUUUAUGUGUUCUACUCUAUUGAAUGGAAUGUGUCCCCCAAUCUAACCCUCUAAAUUCGACCUAAAAAUAUAAUGAUUUAAUUUUAAUUAAGGAAAUAAAUGAAUUUCAUUAAUUCGUAUGGUAUUUAAAUAAUAUGGUUCUUAUUGCUCUUUCACUUUUUUUGUAAUUUGUUUAGAUAGGAAAACUGCUGUUCCACAUUUUUUGACAAUGGGCUCUAUGCAUGGUGGUGCAUGACGUAUUUCAGGUGAAAAAGGCAAUGUAAAAAAAUGUCAACCUCUUAGAUUUUUCGUCUUUGGAAUGACCAACAUAUAAAACUGCCAUUUAAAAGAUUAGGGUCACUUAUUCAAACUUUAAUAAAUAAUUGUAAACUCCUGGAACAAAUGUAAUGACUUGAUGAACGUGGUAUGACAAACAAAUCUAAAAACGUGAGGACGUAAAAACUAAAAGUCCUAAGGUGUUAUACUUUGAUAAGUUUUAAGAGCAUUAAAUAGGUUUCCAGCUAUUGUGAGCUUUUUUCUGUAUAUUUCUCUUUAUCAUUUGGUGAUAGUAUCCAUAAUUGUUUUUAUUUUAUAAACCUCAUUACUUUUAUUUAAUAAUAGACUGACUGUGACUACAAAAGGUGUGUAGCCCCUAAAGCAUAUGCUAGCCUACUUCUUGUUAGUUGACUUCUUAUCGAUAUUAAAGGGACAAUCAAUAAAAGUCCCAUGACCAAGUCCCAUGAUGUGAGGACCCUAUUGAAGCUGCUCUGCUUAUUAGAAGGAAAACGCCUUUGUUGCCAUGCAGUGUCAUUAAUCCCUUUGAGAAGCACAUCAUAUCAUUUGAAUUCAGUCAACUUUUAUAGCACCACUUUUAACACUUGGUAUCAUGCAAACAACAGAAUGUUUUAAUAUUAAAUUGCAAAAAAAUCCAAAAAUUUUAGGGAAAACUAUUUCCUAAAUAUGCAAUAGUAUGGUUAAACUAAAAGAUGCCAGCAAAGUACAAAAUGCAAGCAAUUUUUUUAAAUAUGAUAUGAGGAUAAACAAUAUAUGUACAUGCAUGUGCAGUUUUUUGUGUUAAAGUGUUAAAAUUACCAUUAAAUGUUCUGCUUGAAUGUACUGUUUGAAUUUGUUUAUGCGUGACGUAUUCACUUUGUUUUGCUUUUAUGUGUUUUUUUAUAACACUUUGGAAUGUUUGGCAACUUGUAGCAAGAAAUAUAGCAACAAUGUAUCCAUUAUCUGUUUGCAUUUGAUCUAGUCCAUCUCUGUACUUCAUGGAUACUACAACAGUACUCCAUUGCUUGUAUAGCAGCAGGAAUUUGAUCUUUAAGCUAUAAUUUGAAAUGCAAAAGGAAACUAUUUAUACUCCUGUUUACUACAUAAUGAUUUAAAUACUGUAUUAAGGCAAUAGUAUAAUGCCUAUAGGAAUGCAAACUGCACACUUGCACAGAAAGUUUUUAUUACAUAUUUUAACAAAAUUAUAUUAGAAUGCUUUGGACUUGCAAAUAUAAAUGUAUGACCUGCUGUUUGGGUAUAUGGUAAAACAUUACUGUUAUUGAUAUACUUACAGCAUCUCUAUAUGGUGAAAAUGUAGGAGCUUUCAAAAUUUAUUUAUUUUAAUUUAUUUUUAUGGCUAGGUCUUUUAGAUUUUAAACCUCUAUAAAGAAACAUUGUACAAUGUACACCAGCUCAAGAUACAUGUACAUAAUAAUAAAUAAAAACUCAAAAUGC